UGAAAAAAUUGGAAAGCACAGGAAGAGUGAGAAAGGUGGGAGGGGCAAUUUAGGAUUUCUACGCACAAAAUAUCGCCCUCCAAAUUCCUAAACAAAGCGGGCCAUAAACAACAAAUACCAAAAACUCAGAAAAAGAAAAGAAAAACAGUUGCUCUUUCCAUCCCGUCGUUUCCAAAUUCAGUGGACGAAUCCCCAUUUUCAAACUUGUCUUCUCUUAGCUAUGGCCACAACAACAGCACAGCAGAAUCAGGAAAAUCCUAUAAAAACCCUAGAUCAACCGUCAGAUCCCAAUCCAACGGCUGAAACCGUAUCGCCGCCGACAUCUGAUAGUGCUAAAGAGGAAACCAAGGCGGCGGCGGCGGGUGGAGAUGACAGCUGUCAAGGUAAUGAUAGUCAGAAGAAGAUGAAACGAGCUGAGCGGUUUGGUAUGCCUGUUCAGUCAUCUGAACAAGAGAAGCGAAAUUCUCGAGCUGAGAGGUUUGGCACUGGGUCCCCAGUUCAAGGUUCAGAUGCUUUAAAGAACUCUGAUGAGCAUAAAAGGAAGGCUAGGGCGGAGAGGUUUGGGCUUGUGAAAACUGACACAACUGACGAGGAUGCUAAGAAGAAAGCUAGGUUGACAAGGUUUGCACCACCAGCGAAGAUUGAUCAAGUGGAGGAAGAUAAAAGGAAAGCUAGGGCUCUUAGGUUUUCACAAUCCCAGCAUGGUUCACAAUCACAAGCAAACGGCAAAGCAAAUAAUGAGCAGGAAGCUGUUGCUGUGGACAAGGCUGGAGAACCUGAAUGAUUCCAACCCUUCUUAAAGAGUUGGUGGGCUAGGAUUCUCAUCUUUUUGACUUCCACGUAGCUUAUAUAAAUUUUGGCCUUUGAAUUACAGCAAAAAGGGCUUUCCUCAUCUACUAAAGUAGGCAUACUAUGUGUUUCUAGAGAGCACUAGGAUAAUCGACUAUCACUUCCUAGCGUCAAACUACCGGAAAUGACCCAUAAUCAAUAUAUUAAAAAUGAUGAAACUACAACCGAAGUACUUUCUUGAAUGUUUGAUCUGACAACUUCAUCAAUCUCUCAGUUAUUAAUCUGCAAUUACUGUCACGUUUAUCUUGUAAUGCAUUACCCUCUUAACAUAGAAAAACAGACUCCUGUUGCAUAUCAAGGAUCAAGUAGGGCUAGAUUUUUAGUUCCGACUUAUCCAAUUGGUCCGGAGUUGAUUGUAGAUUGUUUUAUGUUAAAACAUUUGUGUUCCCCAAGGUUCCAGGCUGUCAUUGAACAUGCAUUAGUUGUAAGAGGUCUACUUCUUGGGUAUUUGGCUUUUUCAUUCAACCUUAUUGACCCUUCAUCUCUCCAAUAGCUGACGUGGAAAGUGCAGUACAUCUUGUGUUCUCUAGCAGAUAAAUAUUUGUCUUGCAUUUGAAGAUCCAAUAUAAUUUGUACUACUCUUUGAUGCAUCAUAUGGAUUUGGUCCGACCAUGUUGUUAUCAAUUAUCUUGUUGGGUUCUCCGCAGGCAGUUAGAAAGGUAAGACUAGUUAAUAUUUGUUGCAUAUAUAGUUGCUACUUGCUAGUGCAUCUCAUGGCUGUGAAACUUGUUUGCACACUGCUUGACUUUCUGUGAAGUUACAUUGCUGUGUCAUAUGACGGUCUAGUUGUCUAAUCCACAUUUCUUCAAACUGGUUCUUUUUUGGAUUAGCUGUUUUGGUUAUGAAAAGGUUCAAUGAUUUAAAGAGCUUUCCAAGUUCUCUUAAAAUUUUGAUGUGGGUCAUUUCGGACAGAUUGACACUAAGGAGGGGUUGUUCAACUACCUAGUAUCUCCAGGUAAAUCUUGUAGGCUGCAGUCGAUGGCCGUGUAAGAAGUAGGUUUAAAAUUUGUUAUGAAGACAUCUAGUUGUGUAUUUGUACUUGUUAUUGUAAACAACAAUGUUAAUUUAGUUGUGUUUAGUCAUUGUGCUUUUACUAAAA